AUGAGCUCUUCACCUUCCGGACACAUCAUGAACUUACUUGAUCUCCCAGCAGAAAUUUUCGCUGCUAUCAUACACAACUACCUGCAUGAUUACCUGUACAAUGGCCGCGGAUGGGCUGUGGCAGUUCGCGCACGAUAUGUCUGCAAAGCCUUUGCGGUCGCCAUACACGACGAUAUGUUUGGUCGAUACUCCGCAAGUUUCUACUGCAGCUUCAGUGACGACCGCAAGCAGCGUCUACUCGCACCAAAUAUGUACACUGUCCUCUCCAAGAUGGGCCCCACCCGCUGCCGCUCGACGUACAUUCUUGAUCACAUGGAAGCCACGGUCAAUUUUCUCAUGGAAUUCUCAUAUUAUCAAUCGCAAGCGCAGCGCGAACGCUACCGCCUGGCCCUCUGUAACGCCAUGUCAGCGGCACUCUCGGUAGACGACAUUCUCGCAUAUCUCUGCCAGGGACCAUUCGAUGACUCGGUCAAGGUCAGGAAGAAUAUGGGACGCGCAGAUACAGUGGGAAUGCUCGCUGCUGCCGCUGCUGUCAAUAGUGAACCUGCCCUUCGUUUCCUUGUUGGCAAGGUAUGCGACGUAGGUCUAUGUAGCGAGCUGUACGGCACGCCGCUUACCGCCGCCGCGGUCAAUGGGCAUCUUUACUCCGCUUCUUUCGUUUAUGAGCGUAUGGAAAAACGCUUCUACAAGCGCAAACAACUGCACAACGCGAUCAACGCGUGCAUGUUCGAGCAACGUACUACUAUACUUCCUACACUCAUGUCCUGGUACCUGAAGUAUUGCUACUCUGGAAGAUUGAUCAGGGAAGCAAAGCGAGGCUGGAUCGACUGGGCAGUUCGAAAUGGUGAAAUGGACGUACUACGAUUCAGUUACUAUCCCGAGGAUGCAAUCAAUUACAUACGCCGACUGGAGCCAACGCCCUUCCACUCAGCCUGUCGAUACGGCCACGCGUACAUCAUUCAGUACCUGCUCCAAGCUGAUCCCACCUUGAGAUGCGCAAUUCGUAAUCAUGAAAAGGGUUAUAUCGGCUCUAACGAACUAUGGCAGGGUCUUACAGUGGCGGUGGAGAAUGGCUGGCUUGUGGCUACCAGACUGCUCAUCCGCAGUGGUGUACAGAUCAAACCAGGGAAGGAAAACUACGUCUCAUCUACGCCAGUGCUGUGGUAUGCACUCAAGGGAGGACAUAUCGAUAUGGUGGUGCUAUUGCUGGCUUAUGGUGCUGUGGUGCCGAAGAGAAGCUCUGAGCGCAAUGGCAUUUGGAAUAUGGCUGCGAACCACAGUGUGAAGACGGCAAGACUGCUUCAGGACAUCUGGGAUGAGCAAGAAAGAUGUAAGUGA